AUGAAAUUCUCCGUUUCGUGUGUUGCUGCUUUCUUCGCGGCUACGGUGCUGGCCACCCCGAUCCCCGACGAUGCACUCGCCAAGCGGGCAGAUCGUGGUCAAUACACCGUCUCUGGCCUUGGAUGGCACAAGAAGGAGAUCCUCAAUGCUGGUGGCAACUCUCUCGAUAUUGCCAUUGCCAUGCUCGAGAAUGAGGAUAUGAACAACGGCCACUAUCCCUAUGGUGACGCCAAGACCCAGGAUGCAGCAAACUUUGGUCUGUUCAAGCAGAACUGGGGUCAGCUCCGCGUUUGUGCCUCGCGCUACGGCUUUGUUGGAAAGUCCGAGUCGCAGUGGAAUGAAGGAGCGAUUCUCAACUCCAAUGUGCAUGCCGACGUCGCCUCCCGUUGGGACUGCCAGAACCACUACGGCUACGACAAGUGGUUUGCUGGCCACCGCAACGGUGCAAGCGGUCUGGCCAACCCUUACACCCAGGACAUUCAGAAUUACAAGUCGGCUGUCCAGUGGAUUCAGCAGCAGAUUGACAGCAAAGAGUCCUACAAGACUGACGACACUCGCUUCUGGGUUAGCGUUGUUGCUAUCUAG